UCUGGUUCUUCGUGUAAUGGCGCCGGUCAGCGAAGAAUGCAGGAGAGUCUGAAAUAUUGAUUGCUUAUUGUGAAUAUUUCGGCUCUGAUUCGACGGGGCAGCCUGUCAGAAUUUUAAUAAUAUCCGUUAUAUUUCAUCUCCGUCGAGUUAUUUACGUCGGUUGAAAGUGUUUGGAUAAAGAUUAAGACCCGAUGUAUCCGUCAUGGGGUCGGUAUGGUGGGGGAGGGGCACAUCUUCCAUACUAUGGCGGAGCCGCUCAGCCGCCAAUGCCUCCCGGGCCCCGUGUACCGGCCCCAGGUAUGGUGGUUGGCGCCACGCUUAGCCCGACCACCGUACCUCCGCCAGUCCCCAGUGCCGGCUUAGCGUCCAACUUCCAGACGCUAAGACAGCAGCACCUCCAGCAGAUGCAGCAGCUGCAACAAAUGCACCAGCAGCAGUUGCAGUCGGUGCUGCAGCAUCCUGCCCAUCAAAACCUUCCACCACCGUCCAUACCACCCCCACCAUUGCCGCCUCAUCUACAGCAACCUCCACCGCCUCAGAACCUCUGGGACACCAGCAAUACCCAGAGCCAACUAACCCAGACUAACCAACCCACUCAACAACACCCAGAUUUCUCCUCCGUGGCUUUACAGUCAGCGACAGCAAGCACUGUGACGGCAUCUGGUGACAAGAAGUCUAACGAUUUCUCCAAAGCAAUAAAUGGCUCCUAUCAGCAGCAACAGUAUUGGUACCAGCAGCACCUGCAGAACCUACAGAAGCAUGGAAGCAAACAGUAUGGCGGCCAGCAGGAACAGAGCCAGAGUGUAGAAAUGAAUCAGACCAGUGACUCUGUGCAGCAGAAACCAGAUGAGACCAAGCCCUCUUACACUACUCAGCCACCUUUGCCACCAGCUCCACCUUAUGAGGCCCCCAAAACACAACCACCACCUCCACCACCCAAAGAGGAGAUACCCCCACCACCACCGCCUGAAGAAGCAAAGCCUACUAUCCAACCUCCAGAGGAUCCAGAGGAAGCAGAGAGGUUGAAGAUGUUACAGGCAGCAGCUGCUCAAUGGCAGCAACAGCGCAUAGAGUACCAGCAGCAGAACAUGAUGCAACAGCAUAAUCAACUUCAGCAGCUACUGCAACAGUAUCAGCAGUUGAUGCAACAAAUACAACACAUGCAGUCACUGCCUCUUGAUAUGCAGCUGAGACACUUAGAGAUGCAGCAACAACAGUUUAUUCCUCUGUAUCAAGAAUGGCAGCGACAGUUCCAGAUUUGGAAGGCACAGCUCCAAGCCUAUCCCAAUAAGGAUCAGCUCCAACAGUAUGAAACUCAGUGGAAUCAAUGGCAAGAGCAAAUGGUAUCAACAAAUCAUCACUUUCAGGAAAGGAUGGAUGCUCUCAGAAAUGUCCAACAGCAGUACAUGAACAGUCAAUCCCAGAGUUAUUUAGGAACUACGUCAAGCGGACUGAUGUCUCAAGCUCCGCCGAUGCCUCCAGUGCCACCCAUGGGAUUGCCCCCUACACCACCAAUAACUUCUUCUGUAUCUUCAACACAAGGAGCAGCAAGCUCACCUGCAGACGCAGCUUCUUCAGAACCGAAAAGUCCACCUGUCUCCCGGGCGCCUGCUCUGGUGUCUCAGGCUCCACCAUCAUUAUCUCAAGCACCUCCACCAGUGACUCCAACACCUCCGCCAAUGACAAUGAUGCCUCUGCCAAUAACAGUGCCUCCUCCACCAAUGACUCUGCCUCCUCCACUGAUGAAUGUGCCCCCUCCGCCGUUAACCCUGCCCCCUCCACCGGUCUCGCUGGUCCCUCCGCCGGUCUCGCUGGCCCCUCCUCCAGUCUCUCUGGCCCCGCCUCUGGUCUCUCUGGCCCCUCCGCCAGUCUCUCUGGCCCCUCCGCCAGUCUCUCUGGCCCCUCCGCCGGUCUCUCUGGCCCCUCCGCCAGUCUCUCUGGCCCCUCCGCCGGUGACUCAGGCCCCUCCACCAGUGACUCAGGCCCCUCCGCCGGUGACUCAGGCCCCUCCACCAAUCACUCAGGCCCCUCCGCCAGCGACUCAAGCCCCUAUGCCUAUUUCCCAGGGUCCUCUGUCAGCAUACCAGACUGCUAUUCCAGUUUCUCGGAACACUUCACUUAUCACAGAACAGAAGAAACCCUUGAUUCCAGCACCACUUGCUGAAGUAAAGGUGUCUCCUUCAGGUUUAACACCACACAAUGAUCGAUUUGGGAUAAAGUCAUCUGAACCAUCACAAAGUGGACUGCGGUCUGAAGACUUUGGAACUUCAAGGUUUGGUGGAACACAUGGGAGAGGAAUGCAAAGAUUUGAUGGACCAGGAGCAAGGGAAGGUUCUCGUUCACGUUUUGAUUUAAGGGGCCCUAGACUUCAAAGCCACCGAUUUGAAGGACCCCAAAUGAGAUUUGAAGGACAGGCUUCGGGCCAGCGUGAUGAGGGUGAGGCUGCAAGCCAGCAUGCUGAGAAUGAGGCUGCAGUUCAGAGUAGUGGAGGUGAAGUUGUAGGUCAACGUGUUGAGGAUUCAGCUAUGGGUCAGCAAUUUGAGGGUAAAGUCCCUGGUCAUCACCAUGAGGCUGAGGCUUUGAGUCAGGCCCACGGUAAUCGCUUUGAGAAACAGGGUCCCAGUGAACGCUUUGAAAAGCAGGGUCCCAGUGAACGCUUUGAAAAGCAGGGUCCCAGUGAACGCUUUGAAAAGCAGGGCCCCAGUGAACGCUUUGAAAAGCAGGCUCCUGGUAAUCGCUUUGAAAAGCAGGCUCCCGGUAAUCGCUUUGAAAAGCAGGCUCCCGGUAAUCGCUUCGAAAAGCAGGCUCCCGGUAAUCGCUUCGAAAAGCAGGCUCCCGGUAAUCGCUUCGAAAAGCAGGCUCCCGGUAAUCGCUUUGAAAAGCAAGCUCCCAGUAAUCGCUUUGAAAAGCAGGCUCCUGGUAAUCUUGCUGAGAAACAGGGUCCCGGUAAUCUUGCUGAGAAACAGGGUCCCAGUAACCUCGCUGAGAAGCAGGGCCCAGGUAAUCUCGUUGAGAAGCAGGGCCCCGGUAAUCUCGUUGAGAAGCAGGGUCCCGGUAAUCUUGUUGAGAAGCAGGGUCUUGGUAAUCGUGUUGAGAAACAGGGGCUUGUUAAUCGGAUUGAGAUGCAGGCCCCCAGUAAUCGCCCUGAGAAGGAGAGUCCGAGCAAUCGAGUUGAGGAGACGGUUCCCAGCAGUCACCUUGGGAAGGAGGGUCCCGGCAGUCACCUUGGGAAGGAGGGUCCCGGCAGUCACCUUGGGAAGGAGGGUCCCGGCAGUCACCUUGGGAAGGAGGGUCCCGGCAGUCACCUUGGGAAGGAAGUUCCCGGCAGCCGCCUUGGGAAGGAGGGACCCGGCAGCGGCCUUGAGAAGGAGGGUCCCGGCAGCAGCCUUGGGAAGGAGAGCCCUGGCAAUCACCUUGAGAAAGAGGGCCCGGGUAAUCGCGUUGAGACACAAGGUCCAGGUAAUCGUGUUGAAAUGCAGGGUCCGGGUAAUCGUGUUGAGAAGCAGAAUCUGGGUAAUCGCAUUGAGAAGCAGGGUCCCAGCAAUCACCUUGGGGAGCAGGGUCUCAGUAAUCGCCUUGAUAAACAGGGUUCAGGCAAUCUCCUUAAAAACCAGGGUCACACUAGUUGCUUUGAGAUGCAGGGUCCGGGCAACAAUAUUAAGGGCCAGGGCCCCAGUAAUGCCGUUGAAGGGCAGGGUCCAGGCACUCGCUUCGAGAAGCAGGGCCCCAGUAAUCGUGUUGAAGCUCAGGGUCCAGCUAAUCGCAUUGAAGGCCAGCGUCCAGGCACUCGCUUUGAGAAGCAGGGUACAGGUAAUUGCAUUGAGGGCCAGAGCCCAGUCAUUCAAUUCGAGAAGCAGGGUACCGGUAAUCGUAUUGGGCCACAGGGUUCAGUUAAUCACUUUGAGAAGCAGGGUCCGAGUAAUCGUGUUGAGGCCCAGGGUGAUCUCAUUGAACUGCAGGGUACAGGCAAUCACAUUGUAUUACAAAGUCCGGGCAAUCGCUUUGCGAGUCAGGGUCCUGGUAGUUGCUUUGAAACUCGAGGUCCAGGGAGUCGCAAUGAGGACCAGAUUCCUGGCAAUCGGUCUGAGCAGCAGGGUCCCAGUAAUCACUUUGAGAAAAAGGGUCCUGAAAAUCGAUUUGAGAAGCAGGAUCCAGGGGUCAACUACUUUGAAGGCCAGGGACUUGGGGAUAAUCGCUUUGAGGGCCCAGGAGGCAAUCGCAUUGAGGGCCCAGGAGGCAAUCGCUUUGAAGGCCCGGGGGGCAAUCGCUUUGAGGGCCCGGGGGGCAAUCGCUUUGAGGGCCCGGGGGGCGGUCGCUUUGAGGGCCCGGGGGGCAGUCGCUUUGAGGGCCCGGGGGGCAGUCGCUUUGAGGGCCCGGGGGGCAAUCGCUUUGAGGGCCCUGGGGGCAAUCGCUUUGAGGGCCCGGGGGGCAAUCGCUUUGAGGGCCCUGGGGACGGUCGCUUUGAGGGCCCCGGGGGCGGUCGCUUUGAGGGCCCGGGGGGCAGUCGCUUUGAGGGCCCGGGAGGCAGUCGCUUUGAGGGCCCAGGGGGCGGUCGCUUUGAGGGCCCCGGGGGCGGUCGCUUUGAGGGCCCCGGGGGCGGUCGCUUUGAGGGCCCCGGGGGCGGUCGCUUUGAGGGCCCCGGGGGCAGUCGCUUUGAGGGCCCGGGGGGCAAUCGCUUUGAGGGCCCCGGGGGCACUCGGGAGGGCCAGGCAGGUAACCGCUUCGAGGGCCAGGCAGGUAACCGCUUCGAGGGCCCAGGGGGUAACCGCUUCGAGGGCCCAGGGGGUAACCGCUUCGAGGGCCCAGGGGGUAACCGCUUCGAGGGCCCAGGGGGUAACCGCUUCGAGGGCCCAGGGGGUAACCGCUUCGAGGGCCCAGGGGGUAACCGCUUCGAGGGCCCAGGGGGUAACCGCUUCGAGGGCCCAGGGGGUAACCGCUUCGAGGGCCCAGGGGGUAACCGCUUCGAGGGCCCAGGGGGUAACCGCUUCGAGGGCCCAGGGGGUAACCGCUUCGAGGGCCCAGGGGGUAACCGCUUCGAGGGCCCCGGAGGUAACCGCUUCGAGGGCCCAGGGGGUAACCGCUUCGAGGGCCCAGGGGGUAACCGCUUCGAGGGCCCAGGGGGUAACCGCUUCGAGGGCCCAGGGGGUAACCGCUUCGAGGGCCCAGGGGGUAACCGCUUCGAGGGCCCAGGGGGUAACCGCUUCGAGGGCCCAGGGGGUAGCCACUUCGAGGGCCCAGGAGGUAGCCGCUUCGAGGCCCAGGGCCCAGGCAGUCGCUUCGAGGACCAGGGCCGGGGGGCUCGCUUCGAAGGCCAGGGUCGGGGUGGUCGCUUCGAAGGCCAGGGUCGGGGUGGUCGCUUCGAAGGCCAGGGUCCGGGUAGUCGCUUCGACGGCCGGGGUCCAGGGAAUCGCUUUGAGGGCCGGGGUCCAGGGGCUCGCUUUGAGGGCCAAGGUCGGGGAGGACGCUUUGAGGGCCAGGGUCCAGCCCAGCAUGCUGCUGGUCCUGGGCAACGCUUUGAUGGUUGUGGUCCAGGGUAUCGUUUUGAGGGCCAGGGUUCAGGCCAGUCCUUUGACGAUCCUGGUGCAUGUCAGUGGUUUGAGCACCCGGGUCAGGGGCAGCAUUUUGAUGGGCAAUCUUAUGGUCAGCGCUUUGAAGGCCAGGGACUGAGGCAGCGCUUUGAAGGCCAUGGUCCUGGGCAGCGCCUUGAAGGCCAUGGUCCUGGGCAGCGCCUUGAAGGCCAUGGUCCUGGGCAGCGCCUUGAAGGCCAUGGACAGGGGCAGCGCCUUGAAGGCCAGGGACCGGGGCAGCACCUUGAAGGCCAGGGACCGGGGCAGCGCCUUGAAGGCCAGGGACCGGGGCAGCGCCUUGAAGGCCAGGGUCCCAGGCAGCGCCUUGAAGGCCAGGGUCCCGGGCAGCGCCUUGAAGGCCAGGGUCCCGGGCAGCGCUUUGAAGGUGGAAGAUUUCAAGGUUCAAGGUUUGAUGGCCCAAAGGGACCAAGGUUAACUGGGCCACGUGGGCUUUGCCCCACUGGACCUUCUGUACCCAGUCCAAGACCCAAAGGCCUUCAAGUUACAGCUGGACAAUCUGGGCAAGGUUUGAAAGGACCCCAGUCUUCUCACCCACCUUUGGAACAAGUUGAGGCGCAGAUAAAACUAGUUGGAGACAAGAAAGCUGAGAUGACAGCUGUAGGCAAAGAUGUAAAACAAAACACAGAUCUGGUAUCACUGGCUUCAGUGGAACAAAUAAAUGAAAAAAACCCAGCCAAUGCAGCCUUGGCUGCUGCAGGUUAUAAAAGUUCAGAUUCAACUGCAAAUAAAGAUUUAUUGAAAAAAAAUGUUGAUUUAUCUAAAUCACAUGAAAUUCAGAAGAAAAUGGACAGUUCUGAGGCAACAAUUCCUUUGGUAACAGUUGCUCAGGAUCAAAAAGAUCCAGUUGUGCAAAGUCUAUCCAAUUCAUCAGCUACCACAAAGGCUAUAUCUGAGAAAUCUGAGCUAAAAACUGCUGAAGCAGACAAAAGGUUUGCAUCUACACCAUUGCAUCCAAACAAUGACCAAGGGAAGGGACCAGAGCCUAGGCCACACAUUGGCAAAGACUACCCCUCUAUGCGCAAGAAUGAUAUUGACAGUAAUAGAGAUGGCCCAGAGAUAAGACCACUGCUACAUCACAGGAUGGAAAUGCAGGGACAUUGGCAUCAGGAGGAAGAAAGACCUUUGGAUCAUUUCUCUGGACCAAGAGGAGGUCCAGCUUAUGAAAGAGAGAGAGCUAUGUCUUGGGAAAGGGGAAAUUGGACGGGCAAUAGCCCAGACUUUUGGGAUGAAAGAGAUCAAUUUAGAAGAGAGGAACGCUCACUUCUUCGGCGACCACCUCUGCCUCAUGAAAUUUUAGACAGAAGGGAGAUCCGAGCUCCACCUCAAAUUGAAGUUUUUGACCGAGGCUUUGACAGAGAAUUUGACAGGAGUGGAAGGUCUCGUGAACAUGGAUUUAACAGAGACAAUGAACAUGAUAGAGAAUACUUCCACAGACAACGAGAAGAAUGGGACCUACAUGGUUGUGGAAGGGACUUUUCUCCUUUACGUCCACGACCUGAUAGAUGGAGAGAAGAGCCAUGGAGGGAUGAACCGGAACGGGGUUACCAUCAUGAGCAAGAACGGGAGUUGUGGAGUCAGGACUAUCCAGAAAGGCCAGACUGGAAGAGAGAUGAACGUGAUUAUCCUCCAGAAAGGCUUGGAUGGCAGAGAGAACAGAUAGAUGAAAGAAGAUAUCCAGAUACAGACAACAGACGGUUACCCUUUGACAGUUUGCGUGAGAUGCCACCACAGACAGGUCCUGUUCGAGCGCCUGUCCUAGCUGAAGAGCCACCAGUGCCUUUCUCUGAAAAACCUCUGGCAGACCAACCACCUGGUGGACAAAAUAUAGUCGCAUUGUCUGAACGAGAACAUGAAAUCAUCUUGAAGGCAGCGCAGGAACUGAAAUUAUUACGCGAGCUGCAGGAGAUUGAGAGAGUACCUCUUUUACCUAGCAAAACAGAUUCAGCAGGAAUUCCUCCUGUAAUUCAAGAUUAUCAGAAUGCUAAAACUGGUCAAGACUUUUACAAGGAUAUGGCAAGCACCGAGAAUUCCAUACUUGGUCCAGUCCCAUCUGAAACUCCCAUUCAGUCAGAGCGUUGGGACACAGAUACAUUCCACGGUUUAUGGGAUUCUGGAACUGAACCCAAGAAUCCUGAUUCCAAUUAUGGUUACAGUGAGCCUUCACCAGUCUCUACCACUUCCCUUAACAAACCACCACCGAUUCAGAAAACUGUUGAUUAUGGGCACGGACGUGACGUGGGAGGUGGAAGGAUUGAACAGAUCCCUUAUGGUGAGCGAGUUUCUCUUGGUCCUGAGCCAGUACGAGAACGGAUGUAUGAUAAAGAUUCUCUAGGUCCUCGAGAUCGUUAUGGAGACAGAGAUCCAUUUCUGGAACGAAGAGAUCCAUUUUUGGACCGCAGAGACUAUGAUAGAGACCGUGAUCUAUAUAGGGACAGAUCGAUGGGUGAUUUCGAGAGGGAAGGAUUUGAGCGUGAACGAUUUGGGCGUGAGGACAGAAUGUCUCACGGUCCGUCUGGCCGUUCAAGUGGAUAUCAUAAUUAUCAGGACAGUAAAGAUCAUUUCAACCGAGGGGGCUUUGACAGGCCACAGUUUGAUCGCUUAUCUGAUCGACCACCAUUUGAUCACCCACCUAGUGGUUUUGCAGGCGAAAGACGCGGAUAUUCUGAUGAGAGGAUACCUGCAUCAGCCCCUCACCCAUCACAUCCUCCUCCACGUGUUGAAAAGAAGCCAGAGAGUAAAAAUGUUGAUGAUAUCCUGAAAAUGCCUGGCAGGCAAAGCCGACCUGAUAGGAUUGUAGUUAUUAUGCGCGGACUCCCUGGCAGUGGAAAGACGCAUGUUGCUAAACUUAUUCGUGAUAAGGAGGUGGAGUAUGGAGGAGCUGCACCACGGGUUCUCAGCCUGGAUGAUUACUUCAUGACUGAGGUAGAAAAAGUAGUGAAGGACCCAGACAGUGGCAAGCGAGUCAAAAAGAAGGUCUUAGAGUAUGAAUAUGAGCCAGAAAUGGAGGACACAUACAGAAGCAGCAUGUUCAAAACAUUCCGGAAAACACUAGACGAUGGGUUUUUCCCCUUCAUCAUUGUCGAUGCCAUCAACAACAGAGUCAAGCAUUUUGAGCAGUUAUGGAGUGCAGCCAAAACUAAAGGCUUUGAGGUUUAUAUUGCAGAAAUGAGUGCAGAUAAUCAGACCUGUGCCAAGAGGAACAUUCAUGGACGUAAACUGAAGGAAAUCAACAAGAUGGCUGAACAUUGGGAUUCAACUCCCCGCCACAUGUUACGUUUAGACAUCAGAUCGCUACUCCAGGAUGCUGCUAUUGAAGAAGUUGAAAUGGAGGAUUUUGAUCCAAACAUUGAGCAGCAGCCGCAACAAGAAGAAGAACAACAACAAGACGAAUCUAAGAAAGACGCCACUGAUGAAGAGGAAUGUGAGACGGGUUUCGUGACAAAAAGCAAAUGGGAAAUGGAUACAUCGGAAGAGAGCUUAGACAAGCUGGACGGAUUGAGAAGCAGCAACAAACGGAAGCGAGGCUGGCAUGACAGCAUUGCGCAUCGGUUGGAGGAUUACCUUCAGCUUCCUGAUGACUAUAAUUCUCGUUCUUCAGAACCUGGAAAGAAACGGGUGAGAUGGGCAGACUUGGAAGAGGAGAAGGAUGCUGAGCGCAAACGAGCCAUAGGAUUUGUGGUUGGACAAACAGACUGGGAGAAAAUAACAGAUGAAAAGGGUGAAUUAGCCCAGAGAGCAUUGAACCGCACUAAAUAUUUCUAAGGAAAAUAAAUUGAACUGUUUUUUACAAUGAGGCUCCACAAUAAUGGUGGAGAAGGCUGGGAAAAGAUCUUUCGUAGAGGUUGGGCAGACAAGGAAUUUCACAAGUCGUUUUGAGUUUUUUGUUUUAUUUUAUUGUUACACUGUACGAGCACUAGACUAUAGGUGGUUGACUUCUCUUAUUAGCAGCCUGUGAGAAUAUUUUUUAACAAGUUAAUCGAUAGUGUUAUCAGAAACUAAGUUGAAACCACAUUAAUUGUAAGCCAGUGUGUCCUGAGCCUGCUGUCAUGGCUUUGCUUCAUCAGCUCGUUUUUUUUUAUUAUAUACUGUAUUGAUGUAUUGUUCCUUUUUCUGUCAUGCCAGCUGUAAUUUUAAGGAGCAAUAAAGUUAACUUGAAACCA